AUGGCGGGGUUGUUGGCGUGGGCGGCGGACGUGGUGGGAGGGGGCGGGCCGAGCGACGGCGGCGGCGAGGGGGAGGGGCGGCUUCCGGUGAUGUUCACAGAGGAGCAGCAAAGGUACGCGGUGGAGCUCGACGGGAAGGCAGCAGCGCUGAGGCGGUCGAUCCAGGAUCUGCGGCUGAGAAUCCCGCCUGCUCACAUCUCGCAGCGUCUUCCUGACCUCCACGCCCACUCCCUCGCUUCCAACGCCGCCCUCGCCCUCCAAUUGAACGCCCACUCCACAACCCGAGAACAGGCACAACUGAGGGAGGUGACCCUCCAAGAAGAAAAUGUUGCGUAUGAAAAGGCUAUAUCAAAUUGCGAAAAGAAAAUUCAGGAAAAGUUGCAGGAGAGCAGCCUACUUCAGAGUAAAUUAGAGGAAAUGGACCUAGAAGAGCAGAAUUUGAAAGCUGAGCUGGAAAAAGAACUAGUUGCAAAGGAAACUAGUGCAGAUGAAACUUCAUCAACUGAUUCCAUUAGGGCAGAAAAUUCUCAAUUUGAGAUGGAAUCAUUAAAAGGUUUCAAGCUAGAGGAUUUAGAGGAGAAGAAACUAGAAUUGUGUCCAAUGGAAGAGACGAUACAGAGAUUGGAGAGCGAGUGGUCAUCAGUUCAACAAGAGUCCUUCAAGAAGCCUACUUCAG